UCACGUAUGUUCAUCAAGUCCUCUCUCCUUCCUGUUUUUCACAAGUUCCUGCCUUUUCACUGACGCUAGUGUUGUCGCAGACUGGAAGGAGUUCAAGCUUCCCAGGAAUCUCUUGUUUAGGAUUCCUAACUUAAAGGAGAGCUGAGUAGAGAGCUUUGAAACUCCCAACACGUUUGUUGUGGAGAUCGAGCUGACCAUGCUUUGGAGCUUAUUUCCUAGGUGUAGCUAACGUUGGGGGGUUGGAAAUUUGGCUUGGGAUGAGGUGAAAGGGGGGUGGAAGAGGAAAUCCCAUUCACACAGAUCACCCAGCACUCUGAGGCGAGAGUUUUCUCUAGUCCUUGGGGAGAACUAACUUCACAGUCAUCUCCUGAUGGAACUCAGGAGGAUAAACGUUCACAGGAUUCCCAAAAGCUGCUGAAGAUUUUGUUUUAUUAUGGAAUCGCUGAGGGAAUCUAUACUUCAUUUAACAUUUCAGAUGUCAACAUACAAACGGGCCACACUGGAUGAAGAGGAGCUGUUGGACACCGGCUCCGAUGGGAUAUACCACACCUCUACCAUGCAGGUGGGGCUCCAGCGUGGUCUGGGUCUCCGGUGCUGGGCGGAGAAAACCCACGUUGAGAGGAAGCUAGUGGUCGUCGUGUGCGCUCUGUCUGUGGCCCUGUUCAUCUGCAUCAUGACUUUGGGUCUGCACUAUAAAGAAUCUCAUCCGGGAAUGUGCCUGUCAGAGCCUUGUGUUAGUGUAGCAAGUGCGGUCUUGGGGGCUCUUGAUCGCUCAGUGAACCCCUGCCAAGAUUUCUACAACUUUGCAUGUGGGGGUUGGAUGAGGAAAAACCCGCUGCCUGAAGGAAAGUCCCGUUGGGGUCCUUUCAGCAACCUGUGGGAACACAACAUGGCCAUCAUGAAGAACUUAUUAGAGAAUACCAGCAAUAAGAGCCUGAGCAAGGCAGAACAAAAAGCCCAGUGGUAUUACCAAGCUUGUAUGAACGAGAGCAAAAUUGAAGCACUUGGGGCAAAACCACUUCAGGAUCUCAUCAAUCAGACAGGAGGUUGGGGCUUGAAAGGCCCGUGGGAUAAAGAUAACUUCCAGGAGGUUUUACGGACUGUGUCCGCCAACUUCCGAACUUCCCCUUUUUUCACUGUUUUUGUCAGCACAGACUCAAAAAGCUCCAACAGCAACAUCAUCCAGGUGGAUCAGUCAGGAUUGGGACUUCCCUCCAGGGAAUACUAUCUCAAUAAGACAGCCAAUGAAAAGUAUUUAAAAGCAUACUUAAACUUCUUGGUGGAGCUCGGGAUCCUUUUGGGCGGCUCAGAGGACACCUCUCAGAAGAUGAUGCAGGAAAUCAUAGACUUUGAAACAGCCCUGGCCAACAUCACAGUCCCUCAGGAAGAGCGGCGUGACGAGAUGAAAAUUUACCAUAAAAUUCAAGCCAAAGAGUUAGCUACAUUGGCUCCUGCGGUCGAUUGGAUGCCUUUCCUCUCCGCAGUGUUCGCCCCUGUCGCCCUAAAUGACUCUGAACCCGUGGUUGUGUACGCUAAAGAAUACCUCCAGAAAGUUUCAGAGCUCAUCAGCGACACCAGCAAGAGUGUCUUGAAUAACUACAUGAUCAUGAAAGUGGUGCGGAAAAUGGUGUCCAUCUUAGACCAGAAGUUUCAAGAUGCAGAGCAGCGCUUCCUUGAAGUCAUGUAUGGCACCAAGAAGAGCUGCAUGCCACGCUGGAAACUUUGCGUCAGUGACACGGACAGCGCUCUGGGCUUUGCUCUCGGGGCGCUCUUUGUCAAAGCUACUUUUUCCGAAGACAGCAAAGAGUUUGUUGAAGAUAUGGUCUCUGAGAUCAAAUGGGCCUUUGAAGACAGCCUGAAGACUGUCGGCUGGAUGGAUCCCGAGACAAAAAAAGCAGCCAAAGAAAAGGCAGAUGCAAUAUACAACAUGAUUGGUUAUCCAAAGUUUAUUAUGAACCCUAAAGAGCUGGACAAGGUCUUUAAUGACUUUGAUGUUGUUUCAGAUCUUUAUUUUCGAAACGUCAUGAAUUAUUACAACUUCUCUGCACGGGUCACUGCUAACCAGCUGAGAAAAGCCCCCAACAGAGAUCAAUGGAGUAUGACUCCACCUACAGUUAAUGCCUACUACAACCCCACAAAGAAUGAGAUGGUACUGCCAGCAGGCAUUCUCCAGGCUCCCUUUUAUAACCAUGCUUGGCCAAAGGCAAUGAAUUUUGGUGGUAUAGGUGUGGUUAUGGGGCAUGAGCUGACCCAUGCCUUUGACGAUCAAGGAAGAGAGUAUGACAAAGAUGGGAAUUUGCGUCAGUGGUGGCAAAACUCUUCAGUGGAGGCUUUUAAACACCAGACGCAGUGCAUGGUGGAGCAGUACAGCAACUACAGUAUAAAUAAAGAACCUCUGAAUGGAAAACACACUUUGGGAGAGAAUAUUGCUGACAACGGAGGCCUGAGGGCAGCUUACAAGGCCUAUAUAAACUGGAUCGAGAAGAACGGGGAGGAGGCCACUCUGCCUGCCCUCGGAAUGACCAAUCAUCAGCUGUUUUUUGUGGGAUUUGCUCAGGUGUGGUGCUCAGUUCGCACACCUGAAAGCUCUCACGAGGGCGUUAUUACUGACCCCCACAGUCCGUCACGGUUCCGGGUCAUCGGCACCAUCUCCAAUUCCCAUGAGUUCUCUACGCACUUUGGCUGCAAGGCAGACUCGCCCAUGAACCCCAAACGCAAGUGUGAGCUGUGGUGACACUGACUCAUGACGGGGGACUGAACCUGGAGCAGUUAUCGCUCAAAAAAAAUCCCAAACAUCCAUCUCAGGUUGCCAAAUCUAGACUGCCGAAAAGCUGGUGGACUUAUAGCGGACUACUAUUUUCCAGCUAUUAUUUUCCCCUUUAUGAGGAAACGGUGUAAAUAGUGACUCCAUGAAAGUCUAUAUAAUGGAGAUUUAUUCUUGCAAUCAUUCAAAACACUGGAAGUUACUGGUUAAAUGUAACGAGAGAGAAGGAAUUGUCCUUUCUGCAAAUACGUUUUCUUGGAAUAUGUGCCUUUUUAGCAAAAGCUUUUAUUUUUCUAACGGGAAAUAUUUAUGUUCUCUGUAUGACGUUGCUGGUGGGAUUUUUUUUUUUUUUUUUAGUCUGUAAUGUUUGCCAAUUCUUGCACAACACAUUGUGCAACACUGUUAAAAAAACUUUGCUCACAUUUUGAUAGAUGGUUAAGUUUUCUACAGAGUUUUCUACAAGACUGUUCCAUCAUGUCCUACUUGUUGAAUUUGCCUGUACCAUAGGAACUUGGUAAAAUGAUUAGCUUAUAUAAUUCAUCAGUGUCAUUUAAUGUCACAUGAAGAAUAUGUGAGCAAUAUUUCAACUGGGUUUACUGCUGUUGGACCACUAUACAAGAAAGUACCUUUAAAGCUGCAAAUAUGAGACUUGCUGGAAAAAUAUUUUUAUUACACACAGAUUCAAACUGCCCUUCUACCCUCAAAAUAAAUAGAAAAGGUGGG